AUGUAUCUUGACCAACCCGGAUGCUAAAAUCCUCCAGUUUCUCCUGGAUUUUCCUCGGGUGAGACGAGUGUUACAAGGAAAAAGAGCGCCGGCCUCAUCAGCUGCUACAUCUUCUAUCCUUUGACGCAGUUGGGCUGCACGCGUAGGAUAAUGUAAGGGUUCUGUCGCUCUGCGCAUACACCCCCCAUACACUACCAGCAGCGCGCAAACGAGUCGCCCGUCGCGACGAACCUCCUCACUUCAAUUUGCUCUCAAAUCUUCGUCUCCGGCAUGGAUCUCAUCCAGAGUCGCAUCGCGGAGGAAACCCUACAGGAUUUAAUCGCGACUUGCGCCCAGGUCGCAGAGGACUGCUCCAGCAUCGCCAAUUCCCUAAACACCGGGCCAGUCACCCUGGCUGCUCUCUCUAGGGAAUGCCGAGCGAUAACAGAUGCCCUCAGCAGGGUCAACGACCUCAGCAAAGCAACUGACGGCGAUACCGAGGCUGUCCGGGCCUCCAAUAACGAAUACAUCUACUCCGUCUCAAGAGAUGUCCACGAACUGAGAGGAGCUGUCAAGCGCAUUAAGGCGCAGGACCGAGAUAGUGGCAUCGACCUCGCCGAACCCCACCUCAUUAUUGUUUGGAACGAGGCAGCCUUGAAGACUUCUUUGGGCCGAAUGCGCACUCACCAAGCAUCCUUACACACUCUUCUCAACACUGUUACAAGAUCUGAAUACAACUUUGGAGACGAUGUCAGCAGCAGGCGUCGCGUUAUUGAGCCUGACGCUGGCGUGGAUGAGGCCCUGAGGGAGCUUGGCAGGCGCUUCACUACACCGAACCAGCGGAGUCGCUUUCUCCCCAGAGUAAGUGAUUCUGCUGAAAUCCAGGUGCUCCUCGACACGCUCGUUCCGCCGUCGGGCGUAGUCUACAAACGGACACCAGAGGUGGCGCAACAAUUACAUCAGGCCAUCGAAAGGACCGACGAGGAAGCCGUCUUCAAAAUCCUACUAGACAGAGCCGACCCAAAUAUCUUGCUACCCGGAUCGAUGCUGUCGCCGCUACACCGGGCUUUUGACCAGAAACAUUUACUGAUCGCCGCAUUUCUCGCCGUCGCCGGGGCAGACGUCGACGAGCCGACCACAGAUGGGGAGACGGCCUUGAUGCGAGGCAUCAAGUGUGGGUUCUCGGAGCAGUUUGCAACCCUUGCUAUGCAUCUCGGGGCCAAGAUCGAUGCCAUCGACAAUGACGGCCGCUGUGCGCUCCAUCAUUCCGCCGCGUCGGACGUUCUCGACGACGAGACUAUGAUCGUUCUGAUCAAUGCGGGGGCCAACCUCAACCUCGUCGACGAUGACAAGGGACAGACACCACUGCAUAUCGCCAUCCUCCACAGCCGAUGGAAUUUAGCUACAAAACUUAUUCAAGCCGGCGCAGACAUGGAAGUGCGGCAACCAGACGGGAGGACGGCGCUCCAUUUGGCUAUCUCGAUGCGAAACCACGAGUUCGCCCAGUUGUUAAUAUCUCGAGGAGCCAAGGUGGACAGAGUGUUACGUGAGCACACGCCGUUGACAAUGGCCAUCAGCACUCAAUGCACUGCCAUCACAGCAAAUCUCAUCGAUAGCGGAGCGGACCCGAACCUGCCGAGCCGUAACGGCAACACACCACUCCUGGCCGCGGCGUCGACAGGGCACGACGAAACGAUCCGGUAUCUUUUGGCCCACGGGGCGGAUCCAUCCGCAUGCCCAAGCCAGUCCGGAUACUCGGCGAUGCACAUGGCCGCGCACAAGGACAAGCCUCACAUCCUACAGCUCCUCGCCUCUUCGGGUGCUCCAGUAGACCCGCUGGACAGGGCUUGCGAGACGCCGCUGUUGGUGGCCGCGAAGCUGGCGAACGGCGACAGCGCCCGGCGGUUGAUCAAGCUCGGUGCCGACACAGAGCGCAUCGGACCAGACGGCAUGAGUGUGCUUUCCCACGCCGUCAAAGCCGGCGACCUGAAGCUAGUCAACGCGCUGCUCAACAUCGGCACCCGCAUGCCGUCAUUGACGGUGAGCCGAGACAGUAUGAGCGAUGAAGAGUACCAGGUGCCUGAGCCCCAAACGACUCCAAUUCACGUGGCGGCGCAACACGGACGGGAUGAUAUCCUGCUUCGCCUUGUAUCUUGUGGCGCGCAUCUAGAAAGCACCGUCUUCCCGGGCCGCACGCCGCUCACCGUGGCCGCCUCUCAUGGACAUCUCUCGACUGUGCAGCUGCUUCUGCGACUGGGGGCCGAUGCGCAGACCCUGACGACUCACGGCGACACGGUUCUCUUCGAGGCAUCGGCAAACCAGGCGACGCUCAAGUACCUGGUCCAGCAAGGAGUCAACGUCAACCACCGCAACGACCAGGGGGCGACGGCUCUGCACUAUGCGGCACUACGCGGGCACGUUGGGAGCGUACGGGUUCUUCUCGAGAAAGGCGCGCGACAGUUCCACGCGAGUGCCGUGUACGAUGCGUGGGAGGAGAGGGACGGCGGGGGAGUAUAUCGACAAGGCACACCAGCGGGGAUCGCCCUGCAGCGGGGUUUAACCAAGGUAGCCGACCUGAUUGAGAAGUGGAAGUACAACUGAUGAACGGAUGGAUGGAUGGUGUUUUGGGGGACUUUAUGAAUGAAUGAAUGAAUGAAUGUGCUGUACUGUACUCUACUGCGUAAUUCUAUUUGCUACCAAAAAGAUACCAAACUUUGAUCGAAGAUGAAGCAUCGUUGACGCCUACAUCGUG